GCGGCUGCUGCUUCCGUUCAGUGAGACUCUAUGAUGAAAGCGCCUUCCCCCUUCUGUGGAGGGUACGCCGCCUCAUGACCAUUUGCCCUGCUUUUGUUUCUCAUCGUCACCAAAAACCAAUCGUUCUAUUAUCAUAGGCAUUCAUCCAGUCCACUCUUUACCGAAUAGUAGAUUUGGCCGGGUCAUUACUAUCUCUCGUCUCUCAAUGGCAGCGACAACCAACCAGCAGGCGGUCGUGGGCGCGGGCGACGGCACAUCAUCAACCACAGACCAAGCAAGGGCGGCCUCGCCCAGCCACGGGCGACAUGGCGAUGCGCCAUCGACAGCGGAUGCCUCGCCAACAGGGCGAACCUCAACAUCCUCGCCUGUGACCGGCCGAUUGCGAGGCCUCUCCAAUUCUUUCGAGCAGUCUGGCCUCCCUGAGGGCUUCUCUGCCGCCACUGGCCACAUUGCGUCAACCAUCUUUGCGAGUCGACCAGCCAAGGCCUUAGCCACGCCUGCUGCCAGGGAAGCCAAAGUCAGCGGCUCCUCCACGAUACAGGAGGAAUCGUGCAAGGACACGCCAUCGCGGGCCGAUACAGAGCGCAACCUCACUAACGUCACCAAAUUCUCACAAGAGCCAGCUGCCACGGCUCCGUACCGCAAUGGCUACCACUUUCCUCCGCCUCACAGCGCCUGGCAGUCUACCAAGUUAGGACUUGUUGCGUUCUGGGAGUACUUUACAACCCCCUUGGGCUUUGUCGUGACGAUCUACGGACUCAACAUUGUGGCAUGGGGCGGCAUGCUGUUCUUGCUCCUGUGCAAUGCCUCCCCAGCCAUGUGUUAUCCCACCUGUAACGACAUCAACUCGCCCAGGAGGAAGUGGAUAGAAUGGGACUCCCAGAUACUAAACGCCCUGUUCUGUGUGACAGGCUUUGGUCUCGCGCCCUGGCGCUUCCGCGAUCUCUACUACCUAAUGAAAUAUCGACUGCGAGGAAGCCACGUUCACCUGCGCCGGCUCGCGGGCAUCCAUGCCGGCUGGUUUCGACUGCAAGGGUCCGACACGCUUGACCCAAGCAUUGGGCCCAAGACCGAGCCGACAAAUGUCGACGAACAUCUCGUGCCGUUUCCCUUGACCAAGACACCCAAUCCACCGCUGACGGGGGUUCGCGCACCGCCCACCAAGCUCUGGAAGCUCGACCUCGUCAUCUGGCUCAUGGUGUGGAACACGUUCUUCCAGAUUUGUCUCGCGGCCUUCAUGUGGGCGAUGAACCGGUACGAUCGGCCGAGCUGGACGACGGGACUCUUCGUCGGCCUCGCCUGCGUUGUGGCCGGCUACGGAGGAUGGAUCAUGUUUGCCGAGGGCAAGAAAGUCAAGAGCGUCGAGGGCGUCCCCGUGAGCGCAGAGGAUCUCGAGCGUCUGAAUCAAGAUCGCGAACUGGGGAUAUACCACUACAAUAACAUCGCUGGCAAGGAGGAGAAGCACAGCAAGAAGGCGGGGCGGAAUGAUAACGACGAGCACAUCAGUUAGCAGUGCAUCGAUCGCGGACAACCCUAGACACUUUAGAAUAGAGCACGCAUUCCAUUGGAUGGGAAAACGUGCGGUGCUCCAUGAUUAUAAUUAUUGAAGUAAUCAACACCCAGACCAUGAGAUCGUAGCAUGAUCCUUAUAGAUGCGUCGUUCUCGCACUCGGCGCUCGCCCCGCCUGUUGGCACAUACCCGGAAGGAGCCUGCCUGUUUCACAUGACCCAGGCGUCUGACCUCGAAUAGCGUCCUUGAUAAGUCGGGGUACGCCUCGAUUCUUUUCUCUAACAGCAUGCACUAAGUAACACGAGCAUAGUACGCACGUAACCCUCUAUUCACAACAGGAUCCGGCCGGAGGAACCGGCGACUGGAGGUGCAACGCCACACUUGCUGGCCUGUGCCUCAUUCACCCCCAGCCAGCAGUAACCCCAGUCUCACUCAACCAUCAAUCAUCAGACCCCGGUGACUUCACCACGUCUUUCAUCAAUCGUCUCGCCA